AUGUUGUCAACCGAUGUGAUGUCUCGCGGCAUUGACAUCCAAGACAUUGACUGGGUCAUACAAUUCGAGGUGCCCAAGCUAUCCAGUUGGUUCGUUCACCGAUCUGGACGAACGGCUCGUUGUGGACGAGAAGGAAACGCCUUGCUUGUUCUCUCUCCACAGCAAACCGCCUACGUUGGCUACCUGGCGACACAUGAAAAGGUUGAAUUGAAGCAGAUCUCAGUGCCAAGCAGUAAUGCUCAGAAAGCUAUACAACUGAGAGAGAAAAUUGCCAAGAUUGUAUGCUCUGGAUCGUGA